ACGUCAUGCGCAAACCUACGCGUUCUCGUUUGUGAUUGGUCCGGACGUUAACUCCUUUACGGCCGCGCGCACCGCCCCGUCCCUCUCGUGCUGAAGAAGCAGACAUGGAGACAGCUGGAAAAGUCAUCAAGUGCAAGGCAGCUGUUGCCUGGGAAGCUGGCAAGCCUCUUUCCAUUGAAGAAGUGGAGGUGGCCCCACCUAAGGCCAAUGAAGUUCGCAUCAAGAUCUUUGCUACAGGGGUGUGUCAUACAGACGCCUACACUCUGAGUGGCAGCGACCCCGAGGGACUGUUCCCUGUUAUCUUGGGCCACGAGGGGGCUGGGACCGUUGAGAGCAUCGGCGAGGGUGUCACCAAGUUCAAGCCAGGUGAUACUGUCGUGCCUUUGUAUGUACCACAGUGUGGUGAAUGCAAGUUCUGCAAAAAUCCCAAGACCAACCUCUGCCAGAAAAUUAGAGUAACCCAGGGCAGGGGCCUGCUCCCUGAUGGGACAUCACGCUUCACUUGCAAGGGAAAGGAAGUGUUUCACUUCAUGGGGACGAGCACCUUCUCGGAGUACACCGUAGUGGCUGACAUCUCUCUGGCCAAGGUGAACGAGAACGCCCCACUGGAUAAAGUGUGCCUUCUCGGAUGUGGCAUUUCCACGGGUUACGGCGCCGCUCUUAACACCGCCAAGGUCGAGCCUGGUUCUACAUGUGCUGUAUUUGGCCUUGGAGCUGUUGGCUUGGCUGUUAUUAUGGGCUGCAAGGUUGCUGGCGCAACCAGGAUCAUUGGUGUGGACAUCAAUCCUGACAAGUUUGAGAAAGCUAAGUUCUUUGGAGCCACUGAGUUUGUGAACCCCAAGGACCAUGCCAAGCCCAUCCAGGAGGUUCUGGUGGAGAUGACUGACGGCGGCGUGGACUAUUCUUUUGAGUGCAUUGGAAAUGUGCAAAUCAUGAGAGCCGCUCUGGAGGCAUGCCAUAAAGGAUGGGGUGAGAGUGUCAUCAUCGGGGUAGCCGGAGCUGGGCAGGAGAUCUCGACCAGACCAUUCCAGCUGGUGACAGGCCGAGUGUGGAAAGGCACAGCCUUCGGAGGGUGGAAGAGUGUGGAGAGCGUUCCUAAGCUGGUGGAAGACUACAUGAAUAAGAAGCUGAUGGUGGAUGAGUUUGUGACCCACACCCUGCCCUUUGACAAAAUCAAUGAGGGAUUCGACCUCAUGCAUGCUGGGAAGAGUAUCCGCACAGUGCUGACUUUCUAAAGUGCCUGGAACGUCCUUCACACCCAGCCUCUAAACAGCCUCCUUCCAUAGUUGCAGCACUUAAUGUACUUCUCUGCACUUGUUCACUUGUUUUGAUGACAUAACUUUCAGUGUUCGAACAUUUAUUUCUCGACAACACCUGUUUGUACUGUGUCAUUAAAGUGCGUUGAAAAGCCACUUA